AUCGGCACCUCUCUCUUACGGGGUCCUAAAGGCCAGGGCAGCUGUGCGCCUGCGCAGUGCUACACGUGCUGGUACUUCCGGGUGUGAGAAUAGCUGAAUGCGGAGUAGGAGGCGUGUGCGAUCCGGUGACAGCAUGAGGGUGGUAGCGCUAAUCAGUGGCGGGAAGGACAGCUGCUAUAACAUGAUGCAGUGUGUUUCUGCUGGCCACCAGAUUGUUGCCCUGGCAAACCUGAAGCCUCCAGAAAGCACAGCUGAUGAGUUAGACAGUUACAUGUACCAGACUGUUGGGCAUCAUGCGUUAGAGCUGUAUGCAGAAGCCAUGGGACUGCCUAUCUAUCGUGCCACUCUGCAGGGCACCAGCUUGGAUACAGGCAGAGCUUAUGCCCCACAGGAAGGGGACGAGGUGGAGGAUCUAUAUCGACUACUGAAGCUGGUGAAGGAAAAGGAGGCUGUGGAUUCUGUUUCUGUUGGGGCAAUCCUGUCUGAUUACCAGCGUGUCCGCGUGGAGAAUGUGUGUCAGAGGCUCGGCCUCCAGCCUUUAGCUUUCCUGUGGCGUAGGAAGCAAGAAGAACUUCUGGAUGAAAUGAUCUCCUCGGGUCUGAAGGCCAUCCUUAUCAAGGUAGCUGCUUUUGGGUUAGAUCCAGACAAGCACCUGGGGAAGACACUGGAAGACAUGAGGCCUUACCUUAAGCAGCUCUCUGACAAGUAUGGUGUCCAUGUUUGCGGAGAAGGAGGAGAGUAUGAGACGCUCACUUUAGACUGUCCUCUAUUCAAGAAAAGAAUUGUUGUGGAUUCUGCGGAGGUGACGAUGCAUUCUAAUGAUGCCUUCGCUCCUGUGGCUUAUCUUCGAUUAUCGAAGCUUCACCUUGAGGAUAAAAUUACCAACACAGCAGUUACAUUGCAAAGAGAGUGUCCCUGUAGUAAUGGAUUCCCUGCAGAGCCUGCAUCCUGUGCCACAAAGGAAUGUGAUAAUUCUGAGGAACGGCCAUUGCCCUGGAUACCGAACAGUCUCCCUUCGGUGCCCAUGUUCUGUUUGCCUGUAGGUGAAUCAAGAACUUGUUCAGCUCCAUCACAAUGUGGAUUCCAGUGGAUCAGUGAGAUUACUGCCAGUGAGGGAAAUGUCUUGGAGGCUUCCCACAGGGCACUCUCUUCACUUAAAGACCAAGUACAAGAGUUGGGCCUGCAGAUGAGUGAUGCUGUGCUUAUACAUCUUUAUGUCAAGAGCAUGGAGGACUUUUCUGAUAUAAAUAGGGUCUAUGGGACACUCUUCCCAUCUGCUCCCCCAGCUCGGGUUUGUGUGCAGUGUUGUCUUCCCGGCAGUGCAUUUUUCAAGAUGGAUGCCCUAUUCUGCUGUCCUUCACUUGCAGACGCUAGCAGUGACUGUGUGCCGAAGAAGACGGCAAUGCAUGUGCAGAGCAUCUCUCACUGGGCCCCUGCUAACAUUGGGCCCUACAGCCAGGCUGUGCAGGUUGGUCCUGGUUUAUUCUGUGCUGGACAAAUUGCACUGAAACCCUGUACCAUGCAGCUGGUAUCUGGGGGAGCUACAGUGGAAGCCCAGGUCUCCCUGUGCCAUGUGGAACGUGUCCUGGACGCCAUUAACCUUGGUACCUCCUUGGCCCACGUGCUGCUUGUUCAAUGCUAUGUAACAAAUCGCUCCUACAUACCCAUCGCCUUAGCUGCUUGGGGUAGCAGAAAUGCACAAGAGGCUGAUAUUGUCCCUCUUACCGUGGUGGUAGUACCAAUGCUUCCCCGUGGUGCUUCAGUUGAGUGGCAUGUUAUAGCUGCCGUGAGCGACCCAGCAGAAAGACAACACUUCUCAGUAUGCCAGGAAAAUCUGGGCUACCAGGUGAUGCUUUAUGGGGUGAUAUCCAGUUGUGUGUCCUGUGCCUCCCUCUCACUGUCCCUAAGCUUGGCCCCAAACAGAGCUGUCCAUGAGGUGAAGGACAGGAAUGAAGCUAGCAGCCUUAUUCAUAAAGCACUCAGCAGAGCCACAGAGAAACUUCCGACAAACCCCCAUCAUCUUACAGCCCUGUGCUGCAGAGUGUUCUACAGGAGGGAUGGCACAGAGUCACAGAGGCUACAGGAAGGGCUUCAGGGAGUUCUGGGAGAAGUCUGGCCUGAGAAACCUCCAGCUCUGGUACUGGUGCCUGUAAUGGACCUGCCUUGUAACCAGAUCCUACACUUGUCCUUCUGGCUUAGUCUGUAACCCAGUAAAGCAUAAAUCGGACCUUCACAAGGAUUCCUGUGGACCUGGGAACCCUGUCUUCAUGACUUUCUGUUUGGAGGGUACAGAUGGUUUACAUGAACGGUGUCAAACCUAUGGGCGUCCAGCUGCAAUUGCAUUUGCCUGUAUCCCUGGCUCUUGGCUACAACAUGGUCUGAUAGCUCCUAGCCCAAAGGAAGGCCAUCUUUGCUACUUCCAACUGUUGCAGAUCUCCCAGCAUGCCUUUGUCAGAUGAGCUGACGUGGUAACAUCUGGAGGACUGGAAAUUGUCUGUUUAAAUAUUAUUUUAUUAUAUUUUAUAAUUAUGGGCAUAGUACUAUAGUUUUACUGGACCAAACUGUUACGGCAGUGAUGCCUGACCUGUGGCUGAAUUAUCACAAUGACAGCCAGUGAAUCUUUGCUUUUAAGGACAAGGAAAUUUAUUUCACUGAGGUGGCAAAAUGUUAGGCAACCCCUAGUAAAAUAAAUCGCUACCAUUUUGGCACCUCCCAUUGAAAAAUACUUUCUUUUUUCUUUAAGGAAAUAUCGGCCACAGACUCUCCUCCCUUCUAGCUCAAUUAUUUGGGCUUUUGGCAAAAUAAAUGGACCAAUAGAAAGGUGGCCAUGCAGUAUAUACUGUAUGUAUCUGCAGGUCAGAGCGCAUCGGCCAAUGUAUGGCCAGUUUUAAGUAAUUCUUGUCUGUGUGAUCAUCAUUUCCAUCAUGGACAUGGGGCAUAAUUCUGGAAUUGUCAUAUUGCUACAAUACCCCCUAGGAUAAUUUUAAUAUGUAUGCUGCUGGAAAAUAAUUUUAUACUCCGUUGAAUAAAUCCCUUUAUUUAUGAAGGCUAAA